AGAGGCGUGGCUUCUCAGGACAUGCGCCUUGGGACCUGGGAUGAUGGGUACGGUGACUAGCAGCGUGUGACGUCAGCAGAAGGCAGGAACACGGGUCUGUUUCAGUGGAGCUGCGGUCGUGCUUUCUAGGAUCCUCACCGGGGACAACACGUCACGUGAUCUGUUCGGUGUUUACGAGGGAGGAAUGGCGGAGGCGCAGCCCUCAGGGCUCACAAAGUAUAACCCUGAGGCUGCUGACUUUGUCCCUAGAGAGCACUUGAGUCAUCACUCAGGCUGGAAAAAUCAUGGGAGAACUGAAAGCAAUAGAAAUUGGUCUAGAAACGUACCGGCCUCUCAUCAGCAGCAGCCACCAAGGGAGAGCAAUCAUGACAGCCCUUCUCAGAAAGUGCUCUCCUACAACAGCUCUGCCACAAGUAACCAGGCAAGAGGCCAGCACGGGUCUCCAGAAAUCACCAACAAACCUGUAAAGAAUCACAGCUUUCAGAAUCAAAGGUGGCAACGGUCUAGGAGUGAGAGAUCUCACAAUAGGAACCAUUCAAGACAGCCUCUUUCUGAUACUCCAGCAAGGACAUCCUUUGUUGCCACCACACCGCUUGGUGACUGGCGUGUACGGACAAGAGAUCCCAAUGAUUUAGGCUCAUCAGAAAGCGAGAAAGAAUUUGGCAGUGCUAACAGUCAAGGGGCCAAGCCAAAGAGACUAACCCAUGGGGGAUCUCUCAGAGGACCUCGUGACAGAACUAAACUUACAUAUGACAGGGAGAAACGGGUAGCUCCAAAGCAAAAAACGGAUGAGUUGUUUGAGAACAUUCCACCCCGAGAUUUUGUGAAAUCAGGGACACUUAAGGAGGAUCAUUUUAAAAGUAGAAUUGAUCGGUGUGAUGGCGCAACGGAGAACAAGCAGAAGCAUUCGGCUUCUUUUAAUAAGCCAUCACGAGAACCACUGGAUUGGAAAAAAACACAGGAUGAUGUUCAGACAUUUAAGCGAAAUGAGGCUCAGAGCAGCAAGUUGUCGAGACAUGACAAAAGCCAACCAGCAACAUUUCCAUCCAAGGAGAAGAAGACCAAUCGGGGAACAGAACCUCCUCUUUCUAACACCUAUAAAGAGGCGAAGUCUCGUGGACAUCACUGGGUUUCUGAUGGUGACAAACCAGCAGGAAGGAAGCAUCCAUCUCAUGACCGUGCUUCUAAGUCAUCUGUGCAGCCAGGCUUUAGUAGACAGUGGAAGAAGCAUGAUUUACCAAAGAGCAAGGAAACACAUACAGGGUCUCUGAUUGAGCAGCUAACUGCAGAGAAAUACGAGUGCAUGGUGUGCUGUGAGGUGGUGCGAGUUAUGGCUCCAGUGUGGAAUUGUCAGAGCUGCUACCAUGUUUUCCACCUGAACUGCAUCAAAAAAUGGGCCAGGUCUCCUGCAUCACAAGCUGAAGAAGAAAAUAGUGGCUGGAGAUGUCCCGCCUGUCAAAAUGUCUCCUCCCGAGCUCCGAGCAUCUACACCUGCUUUUGUAGUAAAGUCAACAACCCUGAAUGGACUAGAAAUGAAAUUCCCCAUAGUUGUGGUGAGCUUUGUGGAAAGAAACGCUCUGGCCUUGAUUGUCCUCAUAUCUGCAACAUCUUGUGUCAUCCUGGACCUUGCCCCUCAUGUCCUGCCUUUGUGACAAAAACCUGUGAAUGUGGAAGAACCAGUCAGUCUGUUCGCUGUGGGCAAUCCUCUACUAUGCACUGUGCAAAUGUUUGUGGAAAUCCAUUGAACUGUGGGGAGCACAACUGCAAUCAGGUGUGCCAUGCUGGGAAGUGCCAGCCUUGCCAGCAAAUAAUACAUCAAGCAUGCUACUGUGGUGGCAGCUCUCGUGAUGUGUCAUGUGGGACAGACAAAGAUAACUACGAUGGCUUUGGAAACUUCUCCUGUCAAAAGCUCUGCGGCAAAAAAUUGAAUUGUGGAAAACAUGGGUGUACGGAGGUCUGCCAUCCACAGCCUUGCCAGCCUUGUCCGCGACUUCCCCAGAUUGUGCGUUUCUGUCCCUGCGGACAAACCUCAUUGAGCAAAUUACUUGAGUUGGGCUGUGUGGACAGAAAAAUCUGCACUGAUCCAAUACCAUCAUGUGGGAAGACGUGUGGAAAACCUUUGCCUUGUGGUUCUCAUGAUUUCAUUCAUACCUGUGAGAAUCUCUGUCAUGAAGGAGAAUGUGGUCCUUGCCCUCGCAUGUCUAACAUAUCCUGCCGAUGUGGCUUUAAAACAAAGGAAGUUCCCUGUGCACUGAUACAAAAUGAUGAAGAUCUUACAUUCAUUUGUGAUAAGCGUUGUAACAAGAAGCGUCAGUGCGGUCGACAUAAAUGCAGUGAAAUUUGCUGUGUGGACAAAGAACAUAAGUGCUCCUUAAUUUGUGGUCAUAAACUCAACUGUGGCCUUCACAGAUGUGAUCAACCAUGCCAUCGUGGGAACUGUCAAAACUGUUGGCAAACAAGUUUUGAUGAGCUUACUUGUUACUGUGGAGAGUCUGUUAUUUACCCUCCAGUACCAUGUGGCACCAGGCCUCCAGAGUGUAAAAACUCUUGCACAAGACAGCACGAGUGUGACCAUCCAGUUUUUCAUUCAUGUCACAGUGAGGACAAAUGUCCCCCGUGUACGUAUCUCACGCAGAAGUGGUGCAUGGGAAAACACGAGCUGAGGAACAAUAUUCCCUGCCAUCUUACUGAUAUUUCAUGUGGCCUGAGAUGCAACCAGCUUUUAAAAUGUGGAAUGCACAAAUGUAAAAGGAUCUGCCACAAAAGCGAAUGCCUCAUAGAUGAAGAUUGUAAACAGCCUUGCAUCCUUUCAAGACUGGAUUGUGGUCAUCCAUGUUUGGCUCCUUGCCACCCCUCACAGCCCUGCCCAUCUUCUACAUGCAGUGCUAUGGUAGAUCUCCAGUGUGAAUGUGGCCGAAGGAAAGAGAGCGUGGUUUGCUCAGCUGCCUCUUCUGCCUAUCAAAGAAUAGCUGCUAUAUCUAUGGCUGCAAAGCUGACAGAAAUGCAACUAGGCGAUUCAGUGGAUAUUGGUAAACUUGUCACCAAAAAAGAAAUCAAGCAGACCAGACUGCAGUGUGAUGAAGAAUGCUUGGCUUUGGAAAGAAACAGACGUCUGGCAGAGGCUUUGAACAUUACUGAGAAUUCAGAUCCUUUUAAUACUCGCUCUGGAUCCAAGUUCAGUGACAGCUUGAAGGAUGAUGCAAGAAAAGACUUAAAGUUUGUCUCUGAAAUUGAGCGAGAAGUUAAAGCUCUUGUGGAUGCAGUCAAUAAGGGGAAGCAAACCAAAAAAAGCCAUUGUUUCCCACCAAUGAACAGAGACCAUCGAAAGAUUAUCCAUGACCUUGCUGAAGUGUACGGUGUGGAGAGUGUGAGCUAUGACAAUGAGCCCAAACGCAAUGUGGUUAUCACUGCUGUAAAAGGCAAAUCUAUGUGCCCAAAUGUUACCCUUAUGGCUGUAAUUGAAAGAGAAAUCCAGGCAAGACCCCCUCCUCCUAUUGCCCAUUACAGACACCAGGCUGAAAGAAAUGGUGCAAGCAGUGGCCCACCGAAGACCAUGAGAGAAGAACCUAUAAUAGAUUACUUUGAUGUGCAAGACUAGUGACAUCAGUAGUGACUGAGAAUACAGGAAUGGGUUUGUGGACUUCUGUGGCUAUUAAGUGGUCAUAGGUAUAGUACACAUUCACGAAGCACUGCUGGGAUAUGUGCACAAAAUUAAACUAUCACAAUAAAAUAACUGCAGUCUAUUAUCCAUCUCAUCAAGCCAUUUCAGCAAUGCAAUAUGUACAUUCUCUGUGCCUGAUUUUUAUUUUAUUUUUUCCUUUUUUUUUUUUCUCUUCCAUCACUGAGUUUUUAAUCGUAAGGGAGGGAUAAUACCAAGUGGAUCACCACUGGAAAGUGAAAGGUUAGCUAAACUUGUAAUGCUAAGGGGCAGGAGCGCUGUGACUCUUUGCCUGUCAUCUGCUCUGUGUGUGGAGCAUGUAUCCCUUAUACUUUCCAUGGCUCCGUACACCACACCCUCGGGCAGCCGAGCAGAGCCAAAGAAAGUACUUCUGCAUCAUUUUCCAAAAGUUUAG